AUGAUUCCUAGCUGUCUGGAGAGUGCUCUGAGUGGUGUCAUGGCUGAGGUCGGCAGUGCCAACCUUUCUUGGUUCCAAACCACUUUCAACGUGCCAUCCGACUGGCAAGGUGAUAAUGUAGUCAUCAACUUUGGAGCCGUCGACUACCAAGCGACAGUCAUUGUCAAUGGGAACAAUGUGACCGCGCACACCGGUGGCUACAAUCGAUUCUGGGUCGAGAUCAGCGAGCAUGUCAACUUUGGAGAGGACAAUGAGCUAUUGGUGUUUGUGCAUGACCCUACAGAUGUUGGCAAACAGACAAACAUUCCGUCACACAUCUUCUACACGCCUUGCAGCGGUAUCUGGCAGUCUGUCUUUAUCGAGCCGGUUCCCAAGACUUAUAUCGACAAGAUUGACCUGUCAGGCGGUAUGUGGGGCGUCGGCAACAUCACCGUCCACUCUUCCGACAACUCUUUCCUAUCCGUCAAAGUCUCCGUCCUUGACGAGAACGCUUCGACAUUGUAUGAAGGCAAUGGUACAUCCGAUACUGCCUUUACCUUUACCGUCCCAAAUGUCUCUUUGUGGUCGCCUUCGUCCCCAAAGCUAUACAACGUGACUGUCGCACUGGGUGAUGACUCGGUUGACACGUAUAUUGGCUUUAGGACUGUGGAGCGUGGUACAGUACAAGCUGUCACCAGGCCUUUGUUGAACGGUGACUUCUUCUUUGCCUUUGGUCCUCUCGACCAAGGCUUCUGGCCCGACGGUCUUUAUACCCCUCCUAACCACGAAGCUAUGGUUUACGACCUCCAGUUCCUCAAAGACCUUGGUUUCAACAUGGUCCGAAAACAUAUCAAGGUCGAAACCGAUCUCUUCUACCGAGCGUGCGACGAGAUCGGAUUGUUGGUCAUGCAAGAUAUGCCUUCAUUCAACGAAGACCUACUUCCAAAUGAUGAACAACAAGCGCAAUUCGAAUCCCAGCUCGAAGAGAUGGUCCAGCUUCACAAAUCAUUCCCCUCCAUCUACGCCUGGGUGAUCUACAACGAAGGCUGGGGACAGCUGGACCGUGGACCCGAAGUGGAGAUCACCCCGAGGCUGCAGUCUUGGGAUCCCACGCGAUUGGUCAACUCUGUGACAGGGUGGCAUGAUCAUGGAGCUGGCGACUUUUUGGAUGACCACCAUUAUGUCGAGCCCCAGUGUGGAAUGGCUAAUGCCUCGGGACCUUCGUCGCCAUACGACCCAGACAGGAUCGGUUUCCAAGGCGAGUUUGGUGGUCUUGGGCACAACGUCUCCAUCGAUCAUCUGUGGAAUGUACCUGAAGCUAUUGCCGCAAUCAACGAGACGUACGAGAUUGACAAGACUAUCGACGAAUGGAACUCUCGAGCCCACACUGUCCUCGGGAUUCUCGAAUCUCAGAUCAAGGACUAUGCUUGCUCGGGUGGUGUCUGGACACAGACGACGGAUGUUGAAGGAGAAAUCAACGGUCUGAUGACUUAUGAUCGUCGUGUCAAGCGAACGGUCGAGUCACAGUGGAAGUCCGACAUCCAAGCCUUGUACAAGGCCGCAGCUGCGAGGGGCGGAGGUGACGGUAUUGGUCCGGCGUCGACCGCGAAUGAUACUGCCUCCAAUACUGUGCUUGCUUCCCAGCCCUCUGAAAGUGCCUCUAGUGCUGGAAGGAAAGCGGAAGGUGGAGGUGUGCUGGGUAUGUUCAUUGGAGCCUUUGUGACGGUUACUUUUCCUAUCGUGGUUUGA